AUGGCCGCCAAAAUCACCACCGCAUUCGCUCUCUUCGCCGUGAUACUUUCCUUUAUGAAUCUGGACCUUGUUGACGCAAACCCCGCUAUUGCAACCGGAUACGACCCACUACAAAUCUGUAUAGAAAAUUGCGCUCAGUGCAAGAAGAUGUUGGGAGCCUGGUUCGACGGCUCCCUUUGCGCCGAAUCCUGCCUGAAGUUCAGGGGGAAGAUGAUACCAGAGUGUGAAGACUUCGCCUCCAUUGCCUCUUUCAUCCACAAAAAUUAA